ACGUUUUCUAGUAAGUUCUAUGAAAUUCCCUUGCCCGGCGUUUGCGACAGAACGACGAGAUUUAUAAAAUAUAAUUUUCUUGAAAAUUAUUCCUCUUCGAUAUUAACUCAACGUCAAAUAAUUAAAUCUCUUUGAAAGAAUUUGACAGUUAAAAUACAACCAUGGUUGCAGAAGAUAUUUCACCUGCCAAAAAUGGUGGUAUUCUUAAAGAAAUAAUAAAAGAAGGUGUUGGCGAUGAGCUUCCAGUAGUAGGAGGCUCAGUAACAGUGCAUUAUACAGGAACUUUAUUAGAUGGAACUAAAUUUGACUCUAGCAGAGACCGUAAUCAACCGUUCAAAUUUAAUUUGGGUAUGUCCGAUGUUAUUGCAGCUUGGGAUAUAGGUGUAGCUACGAUGAAAAGAGGUGAAGUUGCAAUGUUAACAUGUGCUCCUGAGUACGCGUAUGGAAAGACUGGUAGUCCUCCAAAAAUUCCUCCCAAUGCAACACUAAAUUUUGAGAUUGAAGUGAUCGAUUGGACAGAAGAAGAUUUAAGUCCUGAGAAAGAUGGAAGCAUUACAAGAGUACAAAUUACUCCAGGAAAAGAUCAUUCUAAUCCUCGUGAUGGUUCUUUAGUAAACAUACACUUGACUGGAAAGUAUAACGAUGAAGUCUUUGAUGACAGAGAUGUACAAUUUUGUCUUGGAGAAGGAGAAAAAGAUGAUAUUGUAGAGGGUGUAGAAAAAGCACUUGAAAGUUUCAAAAGUGGAGAAAAAUCUAAACUUAAAAUAAAAAGUAAAUACGCAUUUAAAUCGGAAGGUAAUACCAAAUUUAACAUUCCACCAAAUGCAAAUGUGGAAUAUAUCGUAGAAUUGAAAAGCUUUGAAAAGGCCGUAAGAAGUUGGAAUUUAAAUGGAUCACAAAAAAUAGAGCAGGCGAAAAUUUCGAAAGACAAAGGAACUAAUUACUUCAAAGAAGAAAGAUAUAAGUUAGCUAUCAAGAUGUACAAAAAGGCCUUGGAUUUCUUAUCCUACGACAAAGAAUUUGAAAAUGAGCUUAAAUCGGAAAGUCAAAGUUUACUUUUAUCAACGCAUUUGAAUCUCUCAUUGUGUUAUUUAAAAACUGAUCAAAACAUAGAAUGCAAAGAUGCGUGUACAGCAGCUUUGAAGAUUGAUCCACUAAAUGAAAAAGCAUAUUUCAGAAGAGGACAAGCAUAUCUUGCGUUAACAAUGCCUGAUGUAGCUAUUCAAGAUUUUGAACAUGUAUUAGAAAUAGAACCAAAAAAUGUAGCUGCUGUCAAACAUAUACAUAUUUGUAAAAAUGUGAUUAAAAAAGAAAAAGAGAAAGAAAAGAAACUUUAUGCAAAUAUGUUCGAAAAAUUUGCGCAACAAGACAGACAGAAAGAAGAGGAGAAGCUGCGACAACAACCAGAUGUUAUGCGAGGAGUUCUUGGUGAAUGGGGACAAGAAGAAAGACCUGGUGGAAGAGAUGCAACAGCUUUUGAAAAAGAAAAUCCUAAUAUUUUAAUGCUUAAUGCUAAUGGCACCGAUGAAUUUCAAAAUAUGUAGAUAGUUUUUAUCUUUCAAUACAUUAUUAUCAUUCUGCUGCCAAAUUCUAUUAUUCGAUAUUAAAUGGUGCCUUUAAAUAGCACUGAGUUGAUAGAAAAAAAAAAAAUCAUGAAAACUUUGUACAAUUCUCUAAUCAAUUUGAUAUGUAUAAAUAUAUAUCCAGUCAAUUGUA